UAUAAUUUUGAGUUAAUACUGGCAACCCUAACAUGCAAGCGUUUUACGGCGUACGAAUACAAUAACAUAAAAUAAACUCAUAAUGGAUUGGCAGCAAACGUGUCGUGUAUGUUUAGAGAGUGGUGAUACAGUUUCCCUCUUCGACUGUGACGAAAAUAACGAACAACUCGGCGAGAAGUACACAUUUUGUUGCGGCGUGGAAGUGCCGCGUACGGACAAUUUGCCUACACUAAUAUGCUUGCCUUGUGUAGACAAGCUUUCCGUCGCGCAUCAGUUUAAACAACAGUGUCUUAUAGCGAACGACACGCUGAAGGAUUGUCUGGAAGAAUUCCUGAAGACUACAGCCUCCACAUCAUCCAUUUCAGAAGAUACAGACACAAUAACAAUAAAGCAGGAGAAUGGUUCAUUGUUCAAAUAUGAAUUGGCAGUGGAUAAUGACUCCCAAGGCCAGUGGACUAGGACAGUGGUGCAGACCCCCAACUCUGCAGUUGUCACAAAGGCACCGGGACCUAGGAAGCGGGGCCGGCCUCGGAAGUAUCCGAAUGAGCAGGGACAAAUCGAUGUAUCACCGUACCAACGCAAGAAACCCAAGCAAGCAGAGAAAGAGCCUGAAGCUCUCACCACACUGCUGGCCAACGGUUCCCUGGAUUUGAAGCAGGAACCAACAGAAUAUGAGCAUUUUGGUGAAAGUUAUCAUAACGAUGAUCCUGAUUUUAUUCCUGAUGGUGAAUCUGAGCCCGAUGAAGAAGUAGAGCCCGCACCGGCGCCGAGAAAGCGCGGCCGUCCACGCAAAAACACAAUUGGUGCAAAAAUUAUUGUAAAGAACGAAGAAAGUGAUGACAUGAUAACAAAGGAGACGAUGCUGGCCUUAUCAGAACCAUUACCCGACUACUUACUUAACCCUAAAACCAAAAAAUACACAACAAAUGUAAAUAAAAAGAAAUAUGUUUAUGAAAAGUCGCAUACCUGUGAAACGUGUGGAGCUUCGUUCGCGUCUAACGCUUCGUUACAGGCGCACAUACGUCGGCAUUUGGGCAUCAAACCAUUUGUGUGCAGUGUGUGUGGGUACGCGUGUGUGUUAAACAUGGAGCUGCGGCGUCACAUGAUGCGCCACACCGGCCAGCGGCCCUACAAGUGCCGCGUGUGCGACCGACGCUUCGGAGACUACGGCAGCCGGCAGAAACACGAGAGAUUGCACAUGGGUGUCCGUCCGUACCAAUGCUCACUGUGUGGCAAGUCAUUUACGUACUCGUACGUAUUAGCGAACCACAUGCUCACGCACACCGGGGUCAAGAAAUAUUCAUGUGGUCCAUGCAACAAGAAGUUCACGAAGGCGCACCACCUGAAGUACCACAAUAAGGUACACCAUAAGGAGCUGUACAUCCAGCAGCAGCUCGAGCAGGAGGCCAAGAAGAUGCGCCGCCAGAUGAACGUCACCGGGCUCUCUGGCGUCAUAUCCGGACAGAUGGUCGAUGGUACUCUGCAGUUCAUACAGACUAACUCGGAAGAUGGUGAUCAAGAAGCCGAUAUGCAAGGGCUUGACGAAGAGCAGGAGGAUGACGUGAAGGAAACCGACAGAGCUGUGGCCGGCAUGCAGGCGGUGGUGUUGGACGCCUCCGAUUUUUGUAUAGACGAUGACGUUAAAUGAUAUUUAAGUGAUUUUCAGUAAUACUAUUGAUGUAAUCAGCACUUAAAUAUACUAACAGGUAGACUUUAGCUAAUAUCUAAACAUAUGUGAUAGAUAUGAUCAAAGAAAGUUACUUAUAUAUUUUACACACUCAUGAAAUACUAAUAUGAAUUCAGAAAAAUCGCCUCAUGUAAAAUACUUCAAAUAUAUGUGUUUAAAUUAUCUCUAAGAGAAUCUUUAGUCUCUGUCGCAAAUCUGUCAUUUAAUAUGGCUGACAGAACUAUGACGUCACUGGUCAUGUCAUCUAUGUCUAAUAAAGUAUUUUAAUCACUUUCAUACCUUAAAAUGUUUACAUAGUUACUAUAAAACUGAUUGUAUUAAAUGUAUUUAAAGUAGGUAUUCUGAAGAAAGGGUAAUCAUCCCUAUCGUGUGUAAAAGUUAUCCCUUUGUAAAUAGAAAUGGCACUAAUUAUAAUCAUGUCUAAAUCACUUAAACGGCAUAUUAUAAACUAAUAAUAGUUAUAUAUUGUCAUUUUAGUUUUAUUAUAAUUAUUGUAGUGAGCUGUUAAGAGAUCCUGAGCUUAGUAGACUAUGAAAUCAUCAAAUGACUAUCAAAAUGAAAUCACGUAUUUUCGAAGUAUCUAAUGUGUAAACUAUGUACUGAAACAUAGAUGAAAAUGGUUUUAAAAUUACAAACUACAUAUUGGUAGACAAGUGAGAGAGAUAAAGCUAUUGUGCUGCCAGUAUUUGUCUUUUUCUGGAAUUUCGAUUAGUCCCCUGCAGGAAUUAUAAUUGACUGCGCAUGUCCUUUCGAUAUUACAUACAGAAGAGAGUUAAUAAUGGUCAUAUAUUCGCUUUGUAGAUUACCAAGUUGUUAAUUUUGUGAGGUGUUUUGCUCAGUCCAUUCUCUAUGCGCGUAGAAUCAUUGUUCAUUAUUAUAGCUCGUUUAUAUAAACCACCUAUAAUAUUAUGAAAUGUGUAUUUUCUUUUAAAUAAAACUGUAUUAUGAAUGAA